AUGACUCCCGACGAACCCAAGCAGACCUACCGGGGCAACUGCCACUGCAAAGCCUUCGUCUACGAGGUCCAACUCCCCGAGAUCAAGAGCGUGAGCCAGUGCAAUUGCAGUGUCUGCACCAAGAAGGGGACCCUCUGGGUCCUUCCCAGCCCUGAUGACUUCAGAGUCGUUAAGGGCGCCGUGAGUGACCUCUCGAGCUACAACUUCGCUAGCGGACAAAUGACGCACAAGUUCUGUGGUAACUGCGGCACCGCCAUCAUGGUGGACUUCCCCAACGGGCCGCCGGGGAGGAAGAUGGCGUUGAAUGUGCGCGCGAUGCAAGAUCUCGACAUCUUCGGGUUGGAGAAGAAACCUUUCGAUGGCUCGUCGUUCGGAGACAAGUACACGCCUCCCGCCCACAAAGGGCCCAGCCCAACUGCAGAUAUCGAAGGCGGCAAGCUGUACACAGGCAGCUGCCACUGCGGCGAUGUCACGGUCGCGGUCAUGAGCAAACCUCUUGACGAGACAUUCGAGGAAUGGAUAGUUGAUUGUAACUGCAGUAUCUGCGAGAGAAAUGGUUACGUCUGGAUCUACCCCAAGGUUGAACACGUCGUCUUGACAGGAGAUGACGACAAGAUCGGUCGGUAUUCCUUCGGGCACCAUAUCCUGUACAAAACGUUCUGCAAGAGGUGCGGCGUGCCCAUGACCAACUGCCAGAUGCCCAAGACCGAGGAGGAAUUCGCUGCCCUGGCUGAGGCCGCGCAGUAUUGGCACAGCCGGAUGGCGCCCAUGAACCCAGUCAACGUGCGGGUGCUGAACGGCGUAGAUCUCAAGAGCUUGAAGAUCCAGCAGUUGGACGGUAAAACUGAGCAUCAGCCGGGAUACGAGAACCCGUAG